CUUCUAGGCCUUUUUCACCUUCACCGGCAAAGUUUCUCGUUUCGCAUAAUCUGAUUCAUACUAUUCGGAAUCUUUAGGUAUUGAGGAAGGACGAUGGCACUAGACACAGAAUUUACAUUUGAGGAAGGAUGGUCCUUCACGCAGAAAGGUGUUACAAAGCUGAUAAGAAUUCUAGAAGGAGAGUCUGAACCACAAUUUAAAGCUCAGCAACUUCUUGAUCUUUAUACAAAUGGCUACGUUAUAUGCACCAAGAAACCGGCCGAUUACUCGCAACAGCUUUAUGAUAAGUAUCGGGAAGUGAUUGAAGAUUAUAUUAUACAAACGGUAUUGCCAUCCUUAAAAGAGAAGCAUGGUGAAGAUAUGCUAAGAGAGCUUGUUAGGAGGUGGAAGAACCAUAAAAUUAUGCUCGACAUGUUCACAGUGUGGUUCUUCCCUUAUCUUGAAAGAUACUUUAUUCCUCGGAAAGGCCUUCCAUCACUGAGUGAAGUUGGCUUGACAUGUUUCCGCGACCUGGUUUAUCGGGAGAUGCAGUCAACGGCCACAGCAGUUGUACUAGCACUUAUUCAUAAAGAACGUGAAGGUGAAGAGAUUGAUAGGGAAGUAGUGGAAGACGUAUUAGAAGUCUAUGUGGAGAAUGGGAUGGGAACUAUGGAGAGAUAUGAAGAGGAUUUUGAAAGAGUCAUGCUUCAAGAGACUGUAUCUUACUAUUCUUCCAAGGCAUCAAUGUGGAUGAAGGAGUAUUCUAGUUCUGAUUAUUUGCUAAAGUGUGAUGAGUGUCUAAAAAGGGAGCAGGAGAGAGUCAUUCACUACCUUUAUUUGAGCACUGAGCCCAAACUAGUUGAGGCAUUGCAAGAGGCCUUGAAGAUCUUUUACGUCUAACAAAAAA